AUGGCGAGACUACAAUACUUCUCUCUCGGCCUGCUUCUGCUCGUCACCUUCGUUGUCACCCUUACCUCCGCUUCGAGACAGCAAGUUCCAAGCAACGAGAUUUCUGCUGAGGAUCAAGCCUUUCAGGAACUCCUCACGUCAAUCGAUCCUGCGUCGCUUCACGACGUACUCCAUGAGCAUUUGGCAGACAAAUACCAGGAUGGAGUGUAUCAGGAGGACAAGAAUGUAAUGGAAGUGGUUCAUCAAUCGAAUGCAGAGGUGGCACAUAGCUUGCUAGAGCUGGCCAAGAGACAGGCAAGCAACUCUACUUCGAGCACAGCACCAUCCAGUACAAGCGAUUCGCCAAAUUCGGUGUCUUCCUCUGCUUCUACAACCCCAACUCCAACAAGCCAAACUUCUGCCACUGUGACACCUCCAACAACCAGUUCAGCGUCUCAAGCUCAAAGCCAAACCCCAACUCAAUCAGACUCACAGUCUUCAUCGCAAACACAAAACACUCAAGACCAAUCGUCCACACAAUCGACUCCCCAGUCAACUACUCCUGAUCAAACCAGUUCCGCCAGUCAAUCGUCAGUGGAAUCAACAUCACCAAGUAAUUCGCAGUCUUCCACAAAUGGUACGUUUCGUGGCGGCCCAGCCAUAUAUCCUUUUGCUCCUCCUUUAAUCCCCCCUUCACCGUCGGCGUAUAGUGCAGUUCUGAACAGUAGUUCCAUGUCUUCGACCUUACAGUCGAUGUAUCUUGGUCAGAACAGCAGCGCCUCGACACCAAGUCUUUCGGCGUAUAUGUUUCAGGCGCCGAGCAGCUCUACCUCCGUCCUUCCAGGAUAUACGUUCCAGGCACCGAGCAUCGCCGUUUAUACGAUGGUCUCAGCGCCCCUGGUUCGGAGUAGCAGCAGUCUCGAGUACAUAUCGUCGUCGCCCUUGUCAUCGUCGUCACCUUCUUCUUCUUUUCUGCCAAACAUCACUUCUACUUGUAAUUCUUCUGUGCCUAUGAGUUCAAAUUCUAUACUUCCUUAUGUAUCGGUAACGAGCUCGAUCGCCUCGAAUGCGAGUACUCCACUCCCAUACAUUCCGACGACGAGCUCAAUGACGGCAAAUUCGAGUACCCCACUUCCAUAUAUACCGAUGUCGAGCUUGAUUCCUGUCCCUUCUUCUAGCUGCACAUACCCGACUUUGAGCAAUUCUACAAAUUCUAUUUCAUCUCUUUCAGGUUAUGGUUUUAACAAUUCUACUUCAGGCGCGUCUUCUACUCCCUCCUCUUCCCCGGGCUCUCCCUCUCCUGUUACCUCUUCCACAAGCACUGGCUCCCAUGUCCCUACUACCACCUCCCGAGGAGUUUCCUUCACGAGUACUAAGGGUCAAACCUCCUCUUCCUCGAUUCCAUCGUCUUCGUCCUCCCGCAAAGAGUCAUCAUCUAAUAGUCCUACAGGAGCAGUUACAACAAGUAAUUCUAUGACACCCACGACAGGCAAAUCCAGUUCGACGUCCGUAAGAAGUUCUGUUACUCAGCAAACUAUCUAUACCACCACGCUGGCCGAUGGAGCCGUCAGUACAGUCACCAGUGUCACCGUUGUGCCAGCGGAUCAGGCAGAUUCGACUGGAGGUGAAUCCACCAAAACCGGGGCGAAUGCAAGUUUACAGACCAACGGCGCCAACUCCUUGAGCCUUGGUCUUGGUGGUAUAUUAGGAGCCGUGGGUCUGGUUGUCAUCGGUGCUUUAUAA